UUUGUUUGUCAUUUACAUUAUUCACUUUAUAAGAGAAAUUAUAUUUUAUUAUUUAUAUUAGUUCUGAGGAAAGUUACGCAUUUAAUAAUAAAUAUGUAACUACUUAACUAGAAAUGGGUAAAGGACUCGGACAAAUGCACAAUUUACGUCUUUUGCGCUUCGAUUCUCAAGACACAAAUAUUAGCAAAGCAUUCAAAAGACAAGUAAGAAAAUCGACUCCUCGUGUAAAAAAGAAGCUAAACUUACGACCUGAUUACUUCCUUGCAAAACGUGCAAAAUUUAUUUCAACUAAAAGUUCGUCAGAGACAUUUCUGCAAGCAAAGACAACAAAUAAAUGUAAAAAUACCCCCUUUAAAAGACCAUCUAUUCAAUUUAAGAGGCCUGUAAUCAAAAGAUCAGCGAGUUUGUACGAAUUAAAACAAAAGUUUUCAAAUGCUAACUGUCAGGUUGCAAAUAAAACUAAAGAAGCAUUACGGUAUAUCACUUCAAAAUCUUUGAGAUCUAAAAGAUGUAAGCCCCAAUGCAAUAACCAAGAUGUCCGUGUUCUCUUCACAACGGAAAUUGCUAAAAAUCAUAGAAAUGACAUUCAAAAUGACGUCAGAAAAUUGGAUCGGAUAUAUAAUACAAGAUCGUCCAAACUAUGCAAUUUCAAAUCUAACCAGCAUUUAUACAGAUGUUCUUGUCACACAUCUAGAGCUGAUUUGAACUAUAAAUGUAGCAGAAAUUUCAAUGAACAAACGGAAUGUAACAAAGAUUCACAAACAAUAAAAAACAGUAUCUACGAAUUUUGCAAACCAAGCGAUUACAAUUACCCCACACUCGACCGUUAUAUUCAGGCCGAUGUUACAUGUUCAGCUCCAGAUCAACCUGGUGUUGAAGGUAUUUCCAGAUUAUCAACGAAUGAAAGAUGCAAUUUUCAUAGCAGAUGCAUAGGGGUUACUCCAUCUUGCUUCAACAUUCCCAGGAAUGGGUCUGGGGACACUAACAAUUUUAACGAUCACAUUUUGAAGCAAAAAAUAAAAAACCCUAAAUGUGAAAGUAAAAUAACUCAAAUCCAAGAAAUGGGAAGGUGCCAGGAAGGUCUAUUAAAAUUUGAGAGAGAGUCACCAACGUUUUCAGGAUGUGCCGGUGAUCGCAAAUCGUUACCAACGUCGAUUUUAAAGGGUAUUAUAUUUAUAGUAAUAGUAAUACUAUGGUCUCCUUGCAUAAUAAUUGUCUGUUUUUGUUGGUUGCUGACAUAUCCAGUGCGACCUUUCAAUCUAUUUGAAAAAAACGAUUUCACUACGAAAAAUAGAUAUUGUAAUGAUGGUAGUCGCGGUGGCUGGGAACUUGGUCGUUUAUUUCAUAAUAUAUCUCAGAGACUUCAAUAUACUGCCAACACUAUAUAUUCUGUGUUUAAAAGAAAUGAAUCUACAAAAUCAGAUUGCUUAAACCCGCCUGUUGUCAAGACUACUUGCCAUAAAAAUUUGAUAUUUAAAAGUCGUCAUAAUUUGUGUGCUGAUCCAAGAAUGAAGUACUGCGUUUAUUAUAAACGAAAUAAAGGGUGGGUUAUGAAACCUUACAAGAAACGUAAAACAUACACUAACAAGCAUAUGAAAUUAGCAAAUUCACCUAAUUCAUCAUACUUUGUCAUAACAUCACCUCCGGAGGUUUUCACAAACAAAGAACAUAAUUAUGAAGAUCGUCCUCUAACUUUACAAGAUCGUCCUAUAUUACAAAAUCAAGAAAAAUCAGACAAAGACCUUGACAUAAAAUAUCGCAAAAAUAUUGCCCAUGAACCUAAAACACCAGAACCUGUCGAUUUCAAUCAUCUAUCCGACGAGAAAAGUUACUUUCACCCGCCUUACCAAAAAAGAUCUGUUUCGAAAAAAUCUUUAAAUAAUAUCCCAUGUGAUUUGUCGUAUAGUAGAAUUCCAAAUUAUAGAAGAUGUAAUCGGCCAAGGCGAUAUAAAAAAAUAUAUCAUAGGCCCAUAUGCCCAAGACACGGAAGGAAACAAAAUGUUUUAAAUUAUCCUCCUUGUAAAAGUGAAAGAAACAUUUUGCAUCAACAAUGUGGAUGGAUAAAUGUAACAAAAAAAGAUCACUGGUGUAAAAGGACCUUUAAAACUAUUGCAAACUUUGUUAAUAAUGCUGAUAGAAAUGUAUGGAAAUAUAAUGUAUGCAAACCUAUGCCGAGACAUGACAUAUCAAGAACAGUAUCUUGUUCUAGUCUUAAAAAACGCUGCCCCUCAUUUCCAAUGAAUUUCUCGACCUUUUGCAAAUUUUAUGGAAGCAUUGUGAUGAGCUUCAUGUUUAUGAUUAAUACUUGUAUCUGGCUUCCGACUCUUUACUGUUGCUAUUUCUGUUUUUCAUGUUUUUUUAAAACCAUUAGAAAUAUUUAAUGAAUUUAAAGUAUUUAAUUAAA